AACCCCACCAAAAAGCAACCGAGGCAGCUCCUCUGCCGGCGGCCAACGCCCCUCCCGGCCUCGACACCCCCCCCCCCCGCCAGGGAGCCCCGUGGGCAUCGCCACUUCCGCGCAUCGCCCACCCUCCCUGCCUCCCUCUUUCUCUGGGUGUGUAGUUGGGAAAUCGGGGCGGGGGGGGGCCGCCACAGGAGCAGGAGGAGAAGAAGCGAUUCCGCCGCCCGCUGCGGCUCUGGCCCCCCCAGCAGCUCGCCGCCUCGGUCCUCCUCCUCCUCCUCCUCCCCCGCCUGGCUUGGUGGGGGCCCACAGGGCGGGGGGUGCAUAGCCGGAGAGAUCGCCCCCUCCCCAUCCCCAGCAGCAGCAGCAGCAGCCCUUCGAGGAUCCAGACCAUCACGGACCGCAUCUCCCCCGCCAUCCAACCUGCUGCUGCCGCUGCCGUCGAGUGACUGAAGAACAACCGUAGAAGGAAGGAAGGAAGGAAGGAAGGAAGGCGGCCGGGGGGGGGGGGGCUGCGUCGCUCUCGCCCAAUUUGCAGAAGGAAGAUCAACAUUUGCAACAGACCCCCCCCUCCCCGCGCGCCUGCAACCAGGAGGAAGGCAAAAAGGAGAUAACGCUCAAUUGAGGGGGAGGGGGGGACUCAGCCCCCCCGUAAAGGGGGGGUGCAGCAUCCUGGAGAGACGGACAUGGGGAGUUUCCUCUUUUAUGGACAGUUCUCCCCUCCUGGACAGGAGGGGGCCUAUGGGGCUUUGACUCCUGAGACAUCCGAUUAGCAGCCCCUUUCCUCCUCCCACCCCCCGCCCCACUUCCGCGGCAGUCCUCCAGCCCCACACGACCCUGAACUUGCUGUGUGCACCACAGUUUGGGCUGCAAGGGGUGGGGGGGGCAAGGCCCCCCCGGCAGCAAAGGACCCCCUUGUCUAACCCUCCCCCUCCCCCCCCCCCGCCUUCACACACCCAUUUUCUCCUGUUCAGCUUUGCAGUAUUGGGGGUUUCCUUCCGAUGGAGAGGUGAUCCAAGAGUUCUCUACAGAUCCUCCAGCCAAGAGAGAUUUCUAGGGAGCCUGGGUGGGGGGGUGGGAGGGGGUUUUAUUUUCCAGAACUAGAACUGCCUUUGUGCGGGGGGGGGGGACCGCGAUGCUCUCCCCCUAAGAAGAUCCCGGGAAAAGUGGACUCCCCCACAAAGAGGGGGCUCAUCCUGCACGGAGGAGGAGGAGGCCGAGGGGGCGCAGUUCACGGAUUCCGUGGCAGCGCAGAGGCCACGGCCGAACUUUCUCCAUGAGGAGGGGUAGAAGAUGCCGGCUUUGCCCGCGCUGCUGCUGCUGCUGAUUCUCGGCUUUGCCCACAAGAGCCUGGAGGUGCUGUCGUCUCUGCGCAUGGCUGCCAUUUUGGAUGACCAGACAGUGUGUGGCCGUGGGGAGCGACUCGCCUUGGCCCUGGCCCGGGAACACAUCAACAGCAUCAUCGAGGUGCCCGCCAAAGCCCGCGUGGAAGUGGAGAUCUUUGAACUGCAGCGGGACAGCCAGUACGAGACGACCGACACCAUGUGCCAAAUCCUGCCGAAGGGUGUGGUUUCGGUGCUGGGCCCGGCCUCCAGCCCGGCCUCUGCUUCCAUUGUCAGUCACAUCUGCGGCGAGAAAGAGAUCCCCCACGUUAAGGUGGGUCCUGAAGAGACCCCCAAGCUGCAGUACCUGCGCUUUGCCUCUGUCAGCCUCUACCCCAGCAACGAGGAUGUCAGCCUGGCCGUGUCCCGCAUCCUCAAGUCCUUCAACUACCCCUCGGCUAGCCUCAUCUGCGCCAAGGCUGAGUGCCUUCUGCGAUUGGAGGAGCUGGUGCGUCAGUUUCUGAUCUCCAAGGAGACGCUGUCGAUCCGGAUGCUGGAUGACACCAACGAUCCAACGCCGCUGCUCAAGGAGAUCCGAGACGACAAGAUCUCGACCAUCAUCAUUGACGCCAAUGCUUCCAUCUCUUAUCUCAUCCUCAAGAAGGCUUCCGAGCUGGGGAUGACAUCUGCCUUCUACAAGUACAUCCUGACCACAAUGGAUUUCCCCAUCCUACACCUGGAUGGGAUUGUGGAUGAACACUCCAACGUCCUGGGCUUCUCCAUGUUUAACACCAGUCACCCUUUCUACAUGGAGUUUGUCCGCAGCCUCAACAUGUCGUGGCGGGAGAACUGCGAACUCAAUCCCUACCCUGGGCCUGCCCUCUCGGCAGCACUGAUGUUCGAUGCAGUGCAUGUGGUAGUGAGUGCCGUGCGCGAGCUGAACCGCAGCCAGGAGAUUGGGGUCAAGCCCCUGGCCUGCACCUCGUCCAACAUCUGGCAGCAUGGGACCAGCCUCAUGAACUACCUGCGCAUGGUAGAGUAUGAUGGGCUGACUGGGCGUGUGGAAUUCAACAGCAAGGGUCAGAGGACCAAUUAUACCUUGCGAAUCCUGGAAAAAGCCCGCCAUGGACACCGGGAGAUCGGAGUGUGGUACUCCAACAGGACUCUUGCUAUGAAUGCCACAACGCUGGACAUUGAUAUCUCAGAGAGCCUGGCCAACAAGACUCUGAUAGUCACCACCAUCCUAGAGAACCCUUAUGUGAUGCGCCGUGCAAAUUUCCAGGAGCUGUCUGGCACUGAGCAGUACGAGGGCUUCUGCGUGGACAUGCUUCACGAGCUUGCGGACAUCCUGAAAUUCCGCUUCCAGAUUAAGCUGGUGGACGAUGGGCUCUACGGGGCUCCUGAGCCCAAUGGGUCUUGGACUGGCAUGGUGGGAGAACUCAUCAAUAGGAAAGCCGAUCUGGCGGUGGCUGCUUUCACCAUCACAGCUGAGCGGGAGAAGGUCAUCGACUUCUCCAAGCCCUUCAUGACUCUGGGGAUCAGCAUCCUGUACCGUGUACACAUGGGACGCAAGCCGGGGUAUUUCUCCUUCUUGGACCCCUUCUCCCCGGCUGUUUGGCUCUUUAUGCUCCUGGCAUAUCUUGCUGUCAGCUGCGUCCUUUUCCUAGCUGCCCGGCUGAGCCCCUAUGAAUGGUACAACCCCCACCCCUGCCUCCGAGAGCGGCACAACAUACUGGAAAACCAGUAUACGCUUGGCAACAGCCUCUGGUUCCCCGUCGGAGGCUUCAUGCAACAGGGCUCGGAGAUCAUGCCGCGCGCCCUCUCCACUCGCUGUGUCAGUGGAGUCUGGUGGGCGUUCACGCUGAUCAUCAUCUCCUCCUACACGGCCAACCUUGCUGCCUUCCUCACCGUGCAAAGGAUGGAGGUGCCCAUUGAAUCAGCUGACGACCUAGCUGACCAGACCAACAUUGAGUAUGGUACUAUCCAUGCCGGUUCCACCAUGACCUUCUUCCAAAAUUCCCGGUACCAGACCUAUCAAAGGAUGUGGAAUUACAUGCAUUCAAAGCAGCCAAGUGUCUUUGUGAAGAGCACAGAAGAGGGCAUUGCCCGGGUCCUGAAUUCAAAAUAUGCCUUCCUGCUUGAAAGCACGAUGAACGAAUAUCACCGGAGACUCAACUGUAACCUCACUCAGAUCGGGGGACUCCUGGAUACCAAGGGCUAUGGCAUAGGCAUGCCGCUGGGCUCCCCGUUCCGGGACGAGAUCACCCUCGCCAUCCUGCAGCUUCAGGAGAACAAUCGCCUGGAGAUCCUGAAACGCAAAUGGUGGGAAGGGAGCAAAUGCCCUAAAGAGGAGGACCAUCGGGCCAAAGGUUUGGGCAUGGAGAACAUUGGGGGCAUCUUUGUGGUGCUGAUCUGCGGGCUCAUCAUUGCAGUCUUCGUCGCUGUCAUGGAGUUCGUGUGGGCCACGCGCCGCUCGGCUGAGCACGAGGAGAUCUCGGUGUGCCAGGAGAUGCUCCGAGAGCUGCGUCACGCCGUUUCCUGCCGCAAACCGACCCGCUCCCGCCGUCGGCGGCGCCACUAUGCGACCCGCGGGGCCCUGUCGCUGCGUUCUGUCCGCGAGAUGCGCCUCAGUAACGGCAAGCUCUACUCGGGGACUUUAGUGUCGGAGCCUGGGCCCCAGCGCCUCCUGGAGGAGACCCCCCGGCCAUGCACCCACGUCCGCAUCUGCCACGAGUGCCGGCGUAUCCAGACUCUUCGGGGAGCCCCCCCGCCGCCCCGGGGGCCCCCGCCCCCUGAGGAGGGCACUCCGCGACGGGGAGUCCCCCGCGAACUCAGCGAGCAGGAGUGACUCCCCCAACUGCUUACCGCUCCCCCCACCUUGGCCCUGCCUUUGCUCUCCUGCGGAGGCGCCUGCUAUUUGACAUGUACGCUGUGCGUAUACCCGGACUUGGGGACCCAGGCCUGUGGGGGGACCCCCGGCACAGAGUCCUUAGGCCUUGCGGGGGGGAUGCAAUCCUUGCAGCCCCCCACCCACCCAGUGUUCUGGGGAGAGAGAAUCUACCGCUCUCCCUGAAAUCCAAGGAAGAGAGUCCCUUUCUAACCCCCACUCCUUGGGUGAGAGAGACGCUCUGCCCCCCAUCCUUUGAUCCUCACCAUCGGGAUGAUAGAUCUGUGCCCACCUGUCUCUGACCCUGGGGCAAGGCAGACCCCAGAGCCGGUUGCAAUGGGGAAGAGAGAUCCAGAACCUAUAUCCACCUUUUGUGGGAGAGCUCUUCUGCAGAUGUCCCCACCUACUGAACCCUUCCCUUACACCAUCCUUGUCCGUUCCAACUCCUCCUUGCCCCUCCACAGUGCAGCUGAUUCCCCACCCCCACCCUCCGAGACCCCUUUGCCCUGUUUCCCCCAUCCCUUCACACUAUGGACGGAGCUGCUCAAGCCGGUGCACCCACGGGGUAGGAAACACAACACUGCCCCUGACAUGUGCCUCAAGAAUGCUAGGAAGUAAGGCUCCAGCCAGAUGCCGGGAGGGGCAGUUUGCCUUGAGCCCUCUUUGUGUGGGGUGGUGGGGCGGGGCAGGUGGAGGUUGGAUCCCCUGUCUGAAAACACACACAUCAUGGGAAGGAUCCCCCUCUUCAUCCCAUCACAAGAUGAGCAGAGGGGAGAGGAAGGGCUGGGCAACCCACGCUUUGGGGAUGGAGGCCGAACUCAGGGUUUCUAAGCGAUCAGCUCAGCCACUUUGGAACUGUGGCACCCGUCGGAUUCCACGCUUUUAACAAACAAACCUGGAAGGAAACAGGACCAAGAUCUGAAGGGGGCAAGUGGAAGAAUCCAGUGGAGGUAAAACAAACCCGACUCAUGGGUGUGAGGGCUGGGGAAGCAAACCGCACAGGACCCGGGCGGAAAAUGGGUCUGUGGGGCCCCGUCCCCAUGACAUCUUGUCUGUCUUUUUUUAAUUUUUGUUUCAUUCUUUUAAUUUUUUUUUGUGUUCUUUUUUUUGGAGAAAAUUUCUAUAGAAGCCAAAAACUGGAGACUUUAGUGGCAACCCCAAAAGAGAAAUAAAUGUGAAAAUACUUGAUUCUUUUAUGCGA